AUGAACUUCAACGGCAAUAUGGAUCACGAGGAAUCACUCGCCAACAAUAAGUAUGAGAUUAAGGAACAAAAGCAGGAGAUGAAAGAGAACACUGUGACGACUCCUCAACCAGUGGCCGACAAACAGAAAAUAAAGAAGUCCAGUCAAGUGGUCGUCGGAGCCGAAUCAGAGAAGCGUCGGCAACGCGCCAGUGAGUGUCGGAAAAGGAUAAUGACGAAUGAGGACUAUACUUACUGGCAACAUUUGGCCGAAACUUUAGAACGUAGAGUGAGAGAGGACUUAAUGUGGUGCUCCACUUCAUUGGAGAUUCCAGAACAUUUAAAAGAGGAUUGGGAUAUAUUGACCGCUGCAAUGCUACAAUUAUCUGAAGCCAUUGUAAGACAUACUCAUAACAUACUACUAAAGAGAAAACAUGUUGCAAACAUAAAACCUAGUGGUACAACUGCAGAAGAAGAAUAUUCUGUAGAAAUAAUAUUAAAUAAACGGAUAAGAAAUAAUGAAGUACAAUACUUUCUUAAGUGGGACGGCUACGAUGACAAAUAUAAUUCUUGGGAACCCGAGGAAAAUCUUCAUUGCGAAGAUUUAAUUAAAAAUUUUGAAGAAAGAAGUCUACGGCCAGUUCCAAUACCAGAAAAAGUAAUGGGUGUUUCUUACUAUGGAGGCCAAUUGUUAUUUUUAAUAAAGUGGAGCGGGAUAGAAGAAGCCGAUUUAAUCCUAAGUGAAGAGGCUAAUUUAAAAUUGCCUCAAAUUGUUAUUAAGUUCUAUAAAGAAAAAAUUUAA